AUGGAUUUCCAAACUUGCUACGUCUAUGAUCCAGCCGCUCGUAAUAAGGACAGGCCGGUGAAGAAACGCCGCGUUGAACCUCUACAAGGUCUACAAACUUCAUGGCCUCUUCGUCGCUCCCUGUAUCAACGAUUGUGGGCCAAACAGCAUGCUCAAUUAAAGAGCUUGCUCCUUGAGAUCAACGAAUCUACCAUCAACCAGAUCUCGAAUUUUGUCGAAUCUACAGAUCCCCAACCCAGCCCUGGCAGAGUUUCUUCAGCAAUCAUUCUCACUGGUCCAAGUAUUGCAUCACAUGCUUUACUGUUUUCUCAACUAUCUACCAGCAUUGGUCAAGCUGAUGGCAGCAUAUUCGUACCCUUGACCUCUAACCUAGCACCAAACCUCAAGACCCUACUCAAAAACCUCAUCUCAAAGGGAACUUCUGCCGAGACUCAAUCUGACGAUGAAGAUGAGGCUGAUACUGUCAAGCCAACUCGCAAACGUACACGUCUGUUGAAUUAUGACCUCCAACUCUUGUACGAUUGCACUCAGGAGAAAGGCUUGUCUCGAGUGGUCGUUGCUUUCCAGGACUGUGAAGCCUUUGAUGGUGCUCUCCUGUCGGAUGCGAUCGAGCUGUUGACUCGAUGGCAAGACAGAAUUCCUUUUAUUUUCUUCUUCGGUGUGGCUACGUCCAUCGAGAACUUUUCUGUCAAAUUAUCCAAGAAGGCUACUCGCUGCAUCAAAGGUCAACGCUUUGAUGUCGUCAAGGCUGAAAGUGCUCUUGAGCAAAUCACUGAUGCGCUGUACUCGCCCUUCGACUCGAACAAACUCAGUCUGUGGAUGGGCCCGGGAAUUUGUUCUGCCACACUGCGACGUCAACGUGAGCAUAUCCAAAGUCUCGAUGCUUUUGUGGAUAGUGUUCAGUAUGCAUACCUAUCACAUUUUUAUGCCAAUGCUCUUAGUAUCUUCCUGGACGAGACUGUCACACUGGCCGAUGUUUCACUUGAACACAUAGAAGCGCUACGGAACCUGCCCUCGUUUCAGCAACACGUAGAAACAUUGCUCGAAGAUGGCGAAGCGUCGAUACCUAAACGCUUACUAGACGAUAACGAGUACCUCCUUGAAUAUGUCAAAAAACAGAUCUUGGCUGGACGUCAAGCUUUGGAGACUAUCUUGAGCACGGUGGACAUGGUCAUGAUGCUACAAAAGCGCAUACCUGCGUUACAGCAACAGCUGAAAUCAACUCUUCUGCUUGAUGCUCUCGCCGGUGAACUUCGAGACUCAAACUUUGAGAGGAACAUGAUCAUGUGCCUGAAGAAGGCGAACUCUGAAGCUAUGCUGCUGACAUUGCAGUAUGUGUCGUCAGCCACCUCUGGGGACCUGCACAAGACGUGUCAAAAGUUGCUUAAAGAGCUUCAAAAACUGCAAGCCCAACAAAAAGACGGUGGAGCUCUACGCAGCGAACAGGAUCUGCAUAACGCUACUCUGAGAACAACAGUCGUUGCCAAAAAGGUCGAGCUGAGCAAGCAGAAAUCUACCCUCACCAAGGGCGAUGCCGCUUACUCUGACAUUCUUCGUCGAUUUGUGGAAGCUCUGGAAACUCACUUUGAUGCAGCACUCAUCAAUCCAAAAGACCUGGUCUUCAACGAGAUCUUCAUGUACGAUCUCAAGUCACCGCAUCGCGAUGUAUUCAUGCCUAAGCCACGAGCUGCGAUCGAGCGUGCAUUGGCUUCUCCUCAUGAUUAUCUGGAUUGCGAGUGCUGUGCGCCGGAUGUGGGUACGGGUGAAGAGAAUACAUUGGCCUCUACUCAGCCAUCAACCGCCAUCCUCUAUCAGCUCUAUCUCGAAGGCGGAGCUUUGAUGAAUGUUGCUGAUCUACGGACUGCGUUUGUCACGAUUCUUGGUGAUGAUCAGGAUGAGGUUUUGACAAAUGCCCUGUUCCAACGUUCUCUGGCCGAGCUGCGAUACCUUGGACUGGUAAGAGGAACGAGGAAGAAAGCAGACCAUGUCAUGAAGAUUUCGUGGAAAGGAGUCUAA